AUGGCUGACGCAGAGUCUGAGACUACGCCUAAGUGGCGUCUACCAAAGGCUUGCGAGGAGUGUCGCACUCGUAAGAUCAAAUGCUCAGGCGAGAACCCAUGCAAGACUUGCCGCAUGAGGCGGACGCCCUGCCUAUACCGGGAGGUCGUGCGACAGCGGAAGAAGAAGCAUGAGAGCAUUCGAGGCAGCAAUCGCACCGAGGAGAGACUGGAAGAUGGACUCUCUGCCUCUCGCCCCGAGUCAGGCCAGCCGGGACUCCACCGCGAGGAGCCGCCUCUCAGCUUCAACAAUAGCGUCUCGGCCACCCAUAUGACGUCCUCGUCCAACAAGGUCCAGCUUUAUUACGGCUCUACGUCUCACUUUAGUCUCAUGCACGAGAUCUACCGGGAUUUGACGUCCCACCCCGCCGGGCACCCGGAGCAGGGACCCCACGGCCGCGUGGAGGAAGCCGGGGCUGGCUUGGACAUGCUUAGCUUUCGCACCAUCUUCUUUGGCAUCCCCGCAGAUCCCCAUAAGGAUCCGUCUCGGGGAUCAAGUGGGGUGGACCCUCAUGUCAUGUUCCUGUCAUACGAGCUCGCCAGCUUGUUCUUGGACGCGUUUUUGUCCACCCUCUAUGGCCUACUGCCCGUCUGGCCGACGGAAGUUUUCCGCCAGCGGUUGAAGCAGCUAUACGGGCCUCGUGCUGCGUCGAAUACCGAAACAUAUCAUUCUGUUUUUAUGAUGGCGCUGGCGCUGGGGGCGCUGGUAUCAGAGCAUCAUGCCUGGGGAGACAUUCUGUACGAACGAGUCAAGGCGUCCUGCAAUGUUCUCGAUGAUACUGUCAACCUUCAAACGGUGCAGCUGUUUAUGUUCAUGAUAAGUUUCCUGUCUUGUUCGCUGCGACUCGCACUGACUUCCGCACGCCCACUUUCAGAACGAGGUGGGGAGGCCAAACUCGUGCUAUCUUCAUUUGGGCGCUGCUGCGCGAAAGGCAAUCUCCGCUGCUGGAUAUGCUUUCAUCUCGGACGCCCCAGCUCGCUUUCACGGAGAGAUGUCGGAAUUCCUACACCUCAAGACCCGUUCUGCCUGGCCUUGCUGAAUCUUUCUGAGGCCAUGGUCCGAUCCGCCGAUGAGCUGUAUGGCCGACACCACGAGUCCCUGUUGCAAAUGUGGAGGAUUGCAAAGUCAAUCUGGGAUGAUGUGCGGCCGUUCGACUCCAAGAUGAAACGUGCGUUAGGCUUUGGGCUUGACAAGCGGCCCCAGCCUGGCGGCGUCGGAGUGCAGCAGACCAUGUGCAUUACCUUGUACUAUCACACCAUUCUCCUGACAUUCCGUCCAUUCCUCAUUUUCAGAGGUCGGUGGAAUCAGGGUAGGACACAGGCCCCAGAAGAGGCCAAGACGAAACGCGAGAUUCCGGACUGGCUCAACCAGGCUUGCGGUUCAUGCUUCGCGCUCAUAUUCGACCUCAUCCACGGCCAAGAUCUGGCCGCGUCCCAUCUCCCUUGGAUCUACGCAACAUUAAAAGCUUUGAAAAGCAUGUACCCGGCAGAUGCAGUCGACGCGUCAAUCAGAGCGAUCCAAACAAUCCUCAAACAGCUAGACCCCUCGUACGAAUGGGGUCCGCCGACGCAGACAGAACCUCGGAAUCCGCCCUACGCAUUCAAUCAGAAUCAUGCACCAAGCACCAUACCCCGGCCAUACGGAGCGCCGCCGAUGCAGCACCAUCAUUCGCCAUCUACGCUCACGACUCCUCUUCCCCAACCCGACCCAUUGCUAUACGACUUCCAAGGUAACUCGCUCGACCAGGGUAUGCAUAUGCCCUCUACGACUGGGAGUACGGGGACUGGCGAGGACCUGCUGGAUUUUACAUUGUCGGAUAUGGGCUGGGAUUUUGACUUUUCGACCAUGGACCUUGAGACGUUUUGUUCGCUGAAUUCUGUGUUUGAUGUGCCUAUGGCUUGA